CCAGAAGCAGACCAGGACAAGGAGCGUAGGAAGAAGUUUGGGAACUGAGAAGAGGUCGCUCAUCCGCUUUGAACAGGACAGUGACUGUGGCAAAACUCUGAGUCUGAGAGAGUGUCAUUUUUGGGCUGACCAUCUGCAGAGACUAGCAGAGAUUCUGAAGAGCUGUGCUGCUCAGUUGGUCAAACAGAGGUUAUCCUGUAACACCAUGCAGAGAGAAGGCCUCUUUGCUCUACAGAACAGCCUGACUGCCCUGUCCUCAUUACACACCCUGGAUAUAAGAAACAAUGGACUGAAUGUUCAGGUGAUUGAAGACUUGGUGAAGCAGCUGAGGUGUGGUCAUGUCCAACGCUAUAUCAGUAUUGAGGAGACGUGGAUCACAGCAGAAGCAGCUGUUAACCUGGUCUCCUGCUGCUUGAACCUGAACCCCAACAUACACACCAUCAGGGUAAACCACACCACUGUACACAUUACUUUGGAAAAAUGCACAAAUCACACUCCUACCAGUGGUGAUUCUGCAGACAUGGCUGGCUCUCUGUCUACCGUGACCAUCAGUCUAGUAGACUGUGCAGUACAAGGGCACCACCUAGUGUCUCUGCAGACUGUGUUCCAGAGAUGCCCUCUGUUGCAGGACCUAGAUUUGUCACACAACAGCAUCGGUAGAGUGGGAGCAGAGUUUCUCUGCUCUGUCUUACCAUCCUUAGUUAGUCUGAGGAAACUCUGUCUUGAGUCAAAAGAAACAUCUGAAGAUGUGGUAUUGCUCCUCGCCGAGGGGUUGUUGCAGGCUAAAAGCAUUGAGAGCUUGAAUUUUUCUGGUCAUGUGAUCAGUGACAGAGGAGCUGUAGUUCUGACCAGAACACUCCAGAACCUACCAAAUAUCAGAACAAUCAAUCUCUCCCUGUGCUCUGGUUGGACAGCGGCAGGAGCAUUGGACCUGGUCAAAGGGCUUGGACAGUGUCUCUCUCUGGAGGGGAUCAGCCUUGACUCUGCACAGCUGGAUCAAAAGAGCACAGUCUCCUUGGCACAGGGGCUCCAUGCUAUGACCUCCUUGAAGAGGCUAAAGUUGGAGGGGAUGAGGAUGUCAGAUAAAGGAGUGGAGGAGCUUAUCAAACACCUGCCCACCUGGACAGGCCUGAGGAAGAUCAGCCUGUCAGAUAACUAUAUUGGUGACCAAGCAGGAGAGAGGCUGGUCCAGGCCCUGGCUAACUGCACAGAACUGGAGGUACUCCAUCUGUCCAGAAAUAAACUCAGCCUAGCAUGUGCUGCCAAGAUGGGACGAGUUCUGCCCACUCUCACUCACCUCAGGGUUCUAGAUCUCUCCGAGAACCCGAUUGGCAGAGAAGGAUCUGUCAGUAUCUCCAAUGCUCUGAUCUUCAUGAAGUAUUUGACAAAGAUACACUUGACCUCCAUAGGGACUUCAGAGCUCACUGGUCUAGCUGCCAGCUUGGCUUACUGUGUCUGUGCAGAGGAUGUCAGUUUUGCGUGGAAUGGCUGUGGAGAUGAUGUCGCAGUGAAGCUUUCUGAAGUUUUACCACAAUGCCAGAAGCUAAGGAGACUUGAUCUUGAGUCGAACAGUAUCAGCACUACUGGAGCAGAGGCACUUGCCAGAAGCUUACAGUCUUGUCCGUCGCUUGAAGUAAUCAGACUGUGGAGGAAUAGUAUCUCUACCUGUGAUGCCCAGAGACUGAGACAGAGGGAGAAGAGGCUCAACUUCUUCUCCACGUAGUCUAUGAUCUACUCAUUCAGUGUGUCAGCAGAACAGUCAACUUGCACUUUUAUUUUUAUAAUAGUUUAUGCACUUAGAGACCACAUUUCCUUAAAAUUACAGCAGGUCAUCAAAUCAAACAAUAAAAUGAUCCUUGUAGGGGGGGCAGUGAACCUUUAUUCCAACCCUGGGAACUGGUCUCUAUCUCUCUUUCUUCCUCUUCCUGGAAAGGUCCGUGUGUUGUCUCUAUCCACUCAUAUUUAUUUCUGUAUUGAUUUUGAAUCUGGGAUUCAUUGAUUGCUUAAGUUUUGCAGAAUUAUUUAUUUUUCACAUCUGACUAAAAGGGUCGGUGAGACCAAGUCAAUUUGUUCUCUUGAACUGCUGGAUUCUAAUUCUGUCAUUGCUCAUGUUUCAAAUCAAAAUCAAAUCAAAGUUUAUUUGUCACGUGCGCCGAAUACAACAGGUGUAAACCUUACAGUGAAAUGCUUACUAACAGUGAAAUGCUUACUAACCAAUAGUGCAUUUUAUCUGCUAAUUUAUUCCUUACACUUGUUGUGUUUUGUCUUGUGUGGCACAUUUCUUGUUUACUUGUUUUUGUAAUGUCCAUUUUGAUGUUUUAUUAUGACAUGCACUGGUAAUAAAGUGUGAGACAAGUCUUCUUUUUCAUAUUAUA